AUCCCAAACCUUGAUGCUGCAUUAUAUUAUACGCAAAUAUACGAGAGCGGGUAGUGUUUAUACCUCAACAUUGUUCUAACUCCGAAGCUGUAUCAUCUUAUUGCGAUGGCAUUGUCAUAUGUAUUGCCAUCUUAUCUGUUUUUAAAUUCCAUACCUACACUCCGCCUUCUCAGACCUAUUAUCAAAUACCCAUCUGCAAAAACCAACAAAUUUCUUGCUUCUUCUUUCCUCAACACCCUAGAGAUCAACAAGACUGCUCCAUCUACAUCUCGUAUAAAUAUUCAACACCCUGUUCCCACUUCUGCAUAUGUUCAUCUCCCAUUCUGCAAAAAGAGAUGUUUUUACUGUGAUUUCCCAAUAGUAGCAUUGGGCAGCGGGGAACCCCCGCCAAACCCACAAGGCUCCCAGCAUGAUCCAAGAAUGGAAAACUACACCAACUUAAUCUGCAAGGAAAUCGCAGCAAUAGGUUCUGCUGCUUCAGAUUCUAUGGCCCCCUUGGAAACUGUGUUUUUCGGUGGAGGUACGCCAUCUCUUAUCCCUGCAUCCUUACUGGCUCACAUAAUCGAGUGCCUUAGAAAACAAUUUGGAAUCAUAACCAAUUCAGAAAUAUCAAUAGAAAUGGACCCAGGCACUUUUAAUGCCCAAACUCUUAGACAAUUCAUGGAUUUAGGCAUCAAUAGGGUUUCUCUAGGAGUACAGGCCUUCCAGGAGAGCCUUCUGAGGUCAUGUGGGAGGUCCCAUGGGCUUAAGGAGGUUUAUGAGGCUAUUGAGAUUGUUAAGUCAAGUGGAAUUCAGAACUGGAGCCUGGAUCUCAUAAGCUCCCUUCCCCAUCAGACACUGGAGGAUUGGGAGCAGUCUUUGCAACAGGCUAUUGAUGCAGGGCCUGCCCAUAUGUCCAUCUAUGAUUUACAGGUGGAGAAAGGGACCAAGUUUGGGCUAUUGUAUAAGCCUGGACAAUCCCCAUUGCCUAGUGAAGAUGAUUCCGCAAAGUUCUAUAGAUUAGCUUCGAGGUCACUUCAGGAGGCUGGGUAUGGGCACUAUGAGAUCAGUAAUUAUGCCAAAGAAGGGUUUCAGUGCAGGCAUAAUCUGGUUUACUGGAAGAAUUUGCCCUACUAUGGUUUUGGGCUUGGAGCUACUAGCUAUGUAGGGGGUUUAAGGCUUUCGAGACCUCGGAAAAUGAAAGAUUAUGCUCUGUUUGUGGAUAAAGGAUAUGUAGGCAGAGGGAAUGAAUCUGAAGUUUUUGAUAGUAAGGAUCUGGCAAUGGAUACGAUUAUGCUGUCUCUGAGGCUUGCACAGGGUCUGGAUAUUAGGACGUUUGGGAAAGUAUUUGGUCUGCCUCUUUGCUUGUCUCUGUGCAGGGUAUUGAAGCCAUUUGUGGCUAGUGGACACUUGAUAGUUUUGAAUGACGAUAGACAGUCUCUUUGUGCAGAAGUAUUUGAUUUGUUUUGCAACGAUCUCCGACAGGAAGAAAUUAUACCUUCCAAGUUUGUGCAGCAAAACCUUGAGAAUAAGUAUGCUGAGGUGUUAGAUAGAGAUGGGCUAGAUGUUCUGUAUGGAGUUGAAGAACGUUCAGUUUCUGAUGUUAGGAAUCAAAUUGCAUAUAUUAGGCUAAGUGAUCCAGAAGGAUUUCUUUUGUCAAAUGAACUGAUUUCUACUGCCUUUGCUGCUUUGAUGCUCAGAAGUAACUUUGAGAAUCAUGGAAUGAAAAUUAUUGCACACGUGAAUAUCAAUAUGUGGAUUACAAAUAGAGGACAGCUGACGGCAGCUAUCUGACUCAAGUUAUUGAUGUCAUAAAAUUCCAAAGAGGAUGGUGCUUCUGAUAGGUUGAUCUGUACAAAGAGGCCUCACUGUGAACAAUUUUGGAUCAUCUUACAUUGAUUUCUAAAUGCGUUUGGAUGAAGAAGAAGAAGAAAAAGAGGAAGAAGAAGAAGAAGAAGAGAAAAAAGAGGAAGAGGAAGAAGAAGAAAAUUAUACUAGCACUUGCUCUAUUUAGUCGAAACUAAGGAUCUUUUCCGACUGAAAGUCAGAUUUAUUUCAAGAGCUCGACGUUAGAAUCUCUGCAAAAAGCAGAGAGAACUUCCAUACUUAUGGACUAUAUUAGAAAAAAGAAAUUCAUCAAUUAAUUGUUGUCAGUGUGCUUUUUCAAGCCCAUCUAAAAACAUCAAAGUGUUAUAAUUUUAAUACCAAGCAAUUUUCAAAACUAUGUAUUAUAUUGAUGCUUUUCAUGCAGAGCACUUUCAUUGUCAGGGAGAUUUGAAACUAAUCAGAUUUUUUUGCA